CGUCGGGCGUCUUUGUGUGCCGCGCGAGGUUCGUGAGCUGGUCGUGUCAUUUGCCAUUGCGGUGUCGGUGUGUUGGUGCCGUCGUGCCAGCGCGCACGUGAGGGAAAAGGACAGAGGAUAGCUGAAGAGAGGGAGGGCAGUGAUCGAGCGCGAGGGAAAGAGAGAGGGAGUCAGUUGAAUCGGCGAAGGGUGGUGCGUGGAUGGUGUCGCUCGUUCUCGGGUGCUUCGCGGUGUGCCGUCGGCUCCAAAAAUAGGACAAAUGGACGACGAGCGUCUCGCCGUCGCCGCCGUCGGUGGUUCCUCGCGCGCGCGCGUUCCUCGACGAUGAGUACCUCGGGAUACUGCUGAGAACGUAGAUAACGUACGGCGAGCGACGGCUCCGCGCUGCGCUCUCCACCAUCUCUGAGGAGAGAGAAAGAAAGGGAGAGAGAGAGAAAGAGAGGGAGAUGGAGGUGCUCAAGACUUCCCAGGAGAUCGUCCACGAAGGAUGGCUCAUCAAAUCGCCGCCCUCGAAGCUCUGGAGAGCGCGAUGGAGGAAGCGAUGGUUCGCCCUCCGUCACAGCGGCGAGCUGCCUGGACAAUACUUCCUCGAGUAUUACACGGACAGACGCUGCCGCAAGCUUAAAGGACGCAUUGAUCUAGAUCAAUGCGAGCAGGUGGAUGCAGGCUUGCGAUUUGAGAACCGUAAACAGAAGUAUCAGUAUAUGUUCAAUGUCAAGACGCCCAAGCGGGUCUAUUACUUGGUAGCCGAGAACGAGGCGGACAUGAACAAAUGGGUGGACGCUGUCUGCCAAGUCUGCGGUCUAAAAGCGUACACUCAGGACGAGGAGCAACAAAUAUUUCAAUACGAGUCGCAGGAAUCCCCGCCAACCUCGCCCACUAGCACGAUCUCCGGUCCUUACAUUCCUAUUAGCGAGUGCAUUUCCGGGCGUCGGCUCAACGACACCAGUUCCCUAAACUCGACUCUCGGUCAAGGGCCUGAGCACUACGAUGCACCAAGAAGAUUGGCACCCUCGCCACCGCGCUCACCCACGACGACGGACGCUGAAAGCGUCUUCACCGACGACGAAUGGACGAUGCCCGUGCCCAGUGCGAAUUGGGAGACGCUUCCAGGCGAUUUGCGGCACUCUCACGGCACGGCCGACGCGGAGAUCGGCUCGUGGAGCGUGAGGAAACGCUUUGGGAAGCUCAGGAUCGUGGAUUCCGCGGUACCGCCAGCCAUCGAGAAGUUACCGGCGCCGCCCAGACCACCGAAACCGCCUCACAUGCUGCCCGAGUUACCAGGACACAACUACCUGAACUUGGACGGCGCUACCGAGAGCUCGAAGCCAACCACGCCAGCGACGCCGGGAUCGACAACAGCACCAUCCGCUGCGACAGGCACCGUGACCGACGAGUCGUACGACUUCCCCAGGUCGCAUCAACCGCAAACGACCGUCGAGAGCAGCGUAAUGAUCGAUCAGUCGUCGAAGCACUUUUAUUCGAACGCGGCGCCGAGUACCGUUGACGAGACCACGCACAACGUAUUCCGCUACGACUUCCACGAGGACGAACCACCGAGCCCGCGUUCCGAGAGUUCAACCACGGCGACGUACUCGAAUCUGCCGAGCCCGCUCGUACGGGACGGUACGGCGAGCGCCGUGCCGACCACCAUGGCACCGCCACCACCGGUAGUGCACAGGGAGCUGAAACCGGGCAGGAAGACCAGCGACUCGACGUCCAUCAUCAGCAACGAGCCAUCGCCUGGACUAACGAUCACGGUGUACGAAGUGAGCUCCGCCGAGCACUCGCCGGCCGAACCGCCGAGCAUCAACAGGAAGCUGAAGCCGCCGUUGAACAAGUCGCCGGUGGAAGGACCCCAUCUGCAGUUGGCGUCUCCUCCUGGUCGGGGAAGAAUGCGGGCGGCGCCCAGUCCGACACCUCCGUCACACGUGCACUCGACACGUCAUCAGUCGACGUCGGACGAGGACAAUAACGCGUUCGAGGAUAAAGAGGAGAUAUACUAUUAUCAGGAUCACAACACGUUUAUUCCGGCUUCGAACCGUCGCCUGGUGGCACUGCAGUAUCUGGAUCUCGACCUCGAGGCAACGGAGAGCUUCAGCUCGUCGACGUUACCGCCGUCGCAGUCCUCGCCGAACACGACGGUGUACAAAACCGUGGACUUCCUAAAGACCGAGGCGUUCAAUCGCACCCGGCAGCGAGUCGAGGAGGAGAGGAAAUUGUGCUCAAACGAGUUGGCGUAGAGAGCGAGCGUUUCUGUCGUACAAGCCGCACGGCAUGCGUGAGUCAGGCUUUUACACCUCAAACACUACCUUCAGGCCUUAAACAGAUCAAGAGAUUCACGCGACCAAUUUAUUUUUCGCUAUAUCUAAUGUAGAUAGCAUAGCGCGUGAAUACAAUACUGCGCGAGGAUGUUGGCAGUCCUCUCGGACGAAAGACUGCGACGCGAACGCAGUACUUACCAGUAAGUCUACCAGAAGAUCGCUUUUCCGCGGUCUCUUACCUUUUAGCGACGGUUUGCAGUGAUGCAUUCUGCAUUGGCUAUGUAGUCAGAAGAGGCAAUCGGUUAUCAAAGCAUUGUACAGCAACAUAAAAUGGACCAAAAAUGUAGCAAGUUAUAGAUUAGGAGAACGAGUGACGCAGCCGACGACCCGACGAGGUGUUCACACACCUCUGCCAGUGGACGUCGUCGUACCGGGAAAUUCCCUCGAAAGGGGAAUCUUUUUCAAUUAGAUAAGUAUUAUAUACAAGUCGUAAAGAUUCUUAUAUUUGGGUACAAUUUUAUGGUUUUGCAUAUUAGAGUUUUACGUAGGGUUAAAGCGCGAGACAUUUUUAUCGUCGAUUACGUGCAACGAACAGUUACAAUCCGUAGUAUUGCUCGUUUUAAGGUAUAGCCUAUUUUUUUUAGCUAUUAAGUAAAUGAUAUACGAGACGUUUUUAUCAUGUGACGCGGUCCGUUUCAAGGCAAUUAGAGACGCCGAGACACGUAUCGCAGAAAUAACCGGUUAAGAGGAUCACAGUUGAACAGUAUCAGGUUUUAAUAUGUUACAUGGAUCACUUCAUCGAAGCGUAAUCCAGUUUUAACUACGUGGAACCACGUAGACGAUCACGAAUUUCGAUUAAGACUUUGUAAAAAUUUAUUGUACAAAGCUAUUUUUAAAGAUUCGCCACUGAUUUACGUUCCAAUUAGUUUUAAACGAAACUUGUGUGAUCGAAAUUGUUAUUUCGGUAUAUAUUGCAACUAUUAUGCAACAAUAGAAAUGUAAUUGUUGCGAAGAAAAUUCAAAAUAUGAAAAUAUGCUUGAUAAUUAAUCUUUAAAUAUUUUCUCAAUUGUAAACGUGCAUGCCAUAAAUAUGUAUGUGUAUACAUAAUACUAUACGUACACGCGUAUGUACAAAGAACGCAAUAUUAUUUUUGUAAUGAUAUUGACGAUAUUGAAAGUUUUAAUCAUUUGUGAUUUUAUUUUUCGAAUUGAUCGAGAAAUCACGAUUUAUCAACAUUGCAAUUUGUUUUGUACAUAUUCCUCGCGUAUGUGGCCUUAAAAGGAAAUUUCUAAUUAAUUCGCAAUUAUAUAUGUGCGAUUAUCAUAUAGAUAUGUUAAAUACAGCAUGUUAAUAUUAAUGAACACGAAAUUUUCGAAAUUUGCCUAGAGCAAUUGUAACGUUACAGAAUAAUAAUGAACGUGUACAGAAUGCUAAUCCUCGCAGAUUUACAUUCUUACAUUCUUCACGUUACAUAUGUGCUCGCCGAGUUAGAAAGUUGAUGGAUGUUAUUAAAAAUUUUUGCAAGAAAUAUAUGUUAUACAUAUGUGUUA